CCCCCUCUUUUCAGCAGCCACAUACAGGUCGGCCAUAUUAGAGCGAUGGAAAUAAAGCUUCCUUGAUGUUGUACAAGUCUUUGAAGUACAUCCGUGCAUUUUCUUUUUUAGCAUUUAACCAUUCCUCUCCUGCAGCCCUCGGCCCCUCAAAGCACCCUCUCCCCCCAGCCCACCCGCCUGACAUCUCAGUCCGGGAAAAUGCCUCGCCCAGCCUUCAGUCUCACGGGGCUCAGUCUCUUUUUCACUUUGGUGCCAUCAGGGCGGGGCAUGGAGGUCACAGUCCCUACCACCCUCAGGAUCCUCAACGGCUCCGAUGCCCGCCUGUCCUGCACCUUCAACUCCUGCUACACCGUGAACCACAAGCAGUUUUCCCUGAACUGGACGUACCAGGAAUGCAGUAACUGCUCUGAGGAGAUGUUCCUCCAGUUCCGCAUGAAGAUCAUCAACUUGAAGCUGGACCGGUUCCGAGACCGUGUGGAGUUCUCUGGGAACCCAAGCAAGUACGACGUGUCAGUAACACUGAGGAGCGUGCAGCUGGAGGAUGAGGGGAUCUACAACUGCUAUGUCACCAACCCGCCCGACCGCCACCGGGGCCAUGGCAAGAUCUACCUGCAGGUCCUCCUGGAAGAACCCCCCGAGCGGGACUCCACGGUGGCGGUCAUUGUGGGUGCCUCCGUGGGGGGUUUCCUAGCUGUGGUCAUCUUGGUGUUGAUGGUGGUCAAGUGCGUGAGGAGGAAAAAGGAGCAGAAGCUGAGCACGGAUGACCUGAAGACCGAGGAGGAGGGCAAGACAGAUGGCGAGGGCAAUGUGGACGACAGUGCCAAGUAACGGGGCCACCUGCAGCCCCCGUGUCCUGCCUCCUCCCUCUCUGCCCUAUGCGUGUGACCCUGCCUGCCCUCUCUUGGUGUGCUUCUCCUGAGCAGGACCCCAGGGCACCCGGCCCUCCUGCACCCCUCACUCCCUACCCCACGCCCUGCACCGAGAGCGACACACUUCUCCCCCGGCGUCCUACCACGGCGUCCAGGAUGUGUAGGCCCUGGGGAGAGGAGAAAAGGGGCUCCACCCUGCCAGGCCCUGAGAGGAGGCAGGAGGCAUGUCUGGGGGUCCCCGAAAGAGGGUGGCGAGGGUGGGCAGUGGUAGAGGAAGUCAGCUGUCCCACACUUACGCACGGGCCCGGCAGUGGCUUCAGGGAGGACCUGGUGUGUGGAGGGAGGGCUCUGCUGUGCCGGCCCAGGCUCCCUGGAGAAGACCUUGGCUGUGGCCCUGCUGUGCCCCUUGGGCUCCUCCCAGCCAGAGCAGCCUUUCAGGGCUUCCACAGUGGGGUGCAUGUUAAAGGGAGGAUGUGCAAUGCUAUGAUGUUACAGAAAAGCUAAGGCUGCACAAACCUUGGCCCGGGAGCUCUGCUUGGACCCUCAUUUCCACUGUUAGCUGCUCUGCUGGAGGCUCUGUUUGCUGUCGGCUGCUGACCUCUUGGGGCUGUUGCUGAGGACGGUUCUAGAGAAGCAGCUCCAGGUGGGGCCCACGGACCCAGAGACCCGAGUCAGAGCUGGCUGAGGGCCUGGGGAGUGGGGCUCUGUCACUAAGAGGGUUGGCUUCAGGCUGCCUUCUCUGCCAGGGCCACCGCCCUUGCCUGGGCCAAGAGAAGCCCAGAUUCGGGCCUUGGGUUCAGGCUUUUCCAGUGGCUCUCAGGAGGGCUUGCAUCUGGCUUCGGCAAGAGGGAGGAUGAGAAGGCUGGAGGGAAGUGUGAGAGGGGCCAGGGGGUCCCGAGCCCUGGGCCAGCUGUGGCCCCCUGGAGCCUGUCACUCGCUUCAUUGCCUCUCUGUUCUGGCAGCUGUCUGUGUGGGAAGAAGGUAGCCCUUGUGGGAGUCGACUUUGACUGCCAUUUUGCUCACGUUAAAAUGGAAUUGUUCAAGCCUGGACAGAGGGCGAGAGAUUGGGUCAGGUACUGUGAGAACCUUCACAGGCUGGUCAAGUCUCCUACGACAUGGAUGUCCCCUGUGAUGGAGACCGAGGGUCUGGCCUCCUUCUCCAGCACCUGGACCUCCAUUCUGAAUCAAUAGAGCCAUAAUUUUCCUGGUGGGCGGCCUCUAGGGUCUGGUAGAUGAGGGAGGUGGGGUGUGGGUGCUCCCCUAGCCCUGCCCCUCUCCCAGGAGCCCAGCCCCUGUCAGCUCAGGGAGUUAGGUGUCCAGAGUCUGGGAACAGAGGAUGGAGACAGCAAGGGAUGGUGACAGUCUCAGGGACAGUCCUGCCUCUGCCUAUCAGAUGGCCAAUUUGGGGUGAGGGCAAUAUUAUUGUACGAAGGAUUCGGCUUAAUUCAUUUCAGUUCAACAACCAUUUAUUGAGCACCUUCUCUGUGUCAGGCACUGUGCUGGGUGCCAGGGACACAAAAAGCCAUAACAGAAUUGGAGACUCCCAGGUCAGCACUGUAGGAUCAACAUUAAUUUUUUUUUUUUUGGGUGCAUUUACUUUUGCCUUUAUAACCAUUGCUUCUAGGAUGAAAGGUGAGAGGAAGAGACUCUAGAAUGAGGGCCUUGGAAAGAGGGGGCCAGGUACAAGCGCAAACAGGGCUGCAGACGCCAGGCAGAGUGGGCAUGGAGUCAGGGACAGGCGACCUGACAGAGACAUCCGGGGUGAGGCGAGUUGGGCCCCAGGGAACCCUCAGCUCAUCAGUUCAGUACCUAACUGCCAAUCAACACACUGCCAAUGGGGGUGGGCUGAGCCACAGAUGCCUGGAGCAGGCGGGUGCUGCCUGUCCUUCAAGCCAACCAGCCGGGACCAGAGAGGUGGGUGGCAGGCACCUGGAGCCAGCUGAGAGCCAGGAUGGUGGCAUAUGCUGCUGCAGCUGCCGGAUUUUAUUAUUUAGGCACCUUGGACGUGUCCUCCUUUCCUAGGUAACCGCAGAUCUGCACUGCUGUUGGGGAGUUUUCUUUUUCUAAGAUUGUAAGAUUUAGAGGUAGUAUUUAUGAGAUUCCCUAGGUUCAUUCUAAAAAGUUCUAACUCUCUUUCAAGACUGCUGAGUCGUGGCCUUCUCUUCCUGCCCCGAGCAGGUGGGGCCCAGAAAGGCCAUGCCGCCCGUGUGUGGUCCCCAGGGGCCCGAGCUGUUCUUGUUCCAGGCACGUGGCCUCACAUGUGGUUUCUUCCUAAGUCCCUUAGGCCCUUCCCUGGAAGUCUCAGAGCUGUGUCCCCCAGGGAACCGAGGUUGGGAGCAAAAUGGGGCGUCUGUGAGCUGAGGUGGGAAGCCGGUGAGAUGUUUGCACAGCUUUGCCCGCUUUGAGCUUAUGCCAGCAUGGGUGGCAUAAGGGUGCCCUGCAGGGUGGGGUUCAAGCCCACUUCCAGCUGCCUGCGGCCAUCCCUGCGCUCUGCUGGUUUCAGUCCGCUGGCUUCCUCCACCACCUGCGCCUCUCCUCCCUUAGACCCUUCUCUUCCCCAUCUGUCUCUUUCUCCUAAUUAAGGGCCACUGCAAAGAGAGAUGGACUGGCUUACUCUUGGGGUUUAGCUUACAAGAACAAAGCACAAUUUUUCAGGACUGAAAUGCCUUGGGUGCCUUGGAACUGGCUUUGGAAAUAGCUACCUGCCCCUUAGCUAUGGACCCAUCACAGUUUUCCCCACUUUAUAAAAAGGGAAAGCUGAUUGGAUUCAUAUUUCUCUUCAUGAGCCUCCUUGGAGACGUCAGGCUGGUAACUAUUUACAAGGCUAGGUUAAGCAUAAGCAGGUAGACAAGUGGAAAUCCUGGCCAUGUUCAAAAAGGUGGUCCCAGGCCACAGGAAGGGAUGAUAAAUUGAGGAACUUUUCCUUGUACUCAUGUCUUAAGGAUAGACAGCCUGUGUCCCCUGCUGUACCUCCUGCUGGUGUCUUCCUCUACCGAAGCUUGCUGAUGCAUUUGCACUAGCCUCUCUGGAUAGGUAUAGAUAUAUUAUAUACGCAAAUAGAAAACAUCUCACUGCGCCCGCCCUGAAGUUACACUGUGUGGGGAGGGGCAAUCACUUCUCAAUGCUUUGAGUUGAUUCACCAAAGGCGAAUUGUGGAAUGUUUGUGUUGCUUUUUGUGCACUUGGAGGGGAAAAUCCAGCUGUAUAAGAAAAAUUUAUGCACAUCUAGGUUUUACAUCUGUGUAGUGGUUGGGAGGGGUGUCUGGAGAGGGGAGAAGCUCACAGGGUCCUUUGUGACCCAGCUGCUGGCUGGGAUGUAUCUGCUUCUCAGAGUGGACUGAGUUUCUUCCGUAGUUUGCGUGAUUGCUUGUGUCUGUUGACUACAAUAAACACACUGUCUCCCCCGAA